GUUCUUCAUGUACGGCGGUGCCGUCUUCUUCUAUCUCGCUCUGCCGUUCAGUGUCGGCAAGAUUACGGAGAGUGACGGAAACCUGACGUAUCGGCCAUUAGUGUAUCCGGUCGCCAGAGCAAUCGUCGACGUACGAUACAGUCCUGUCAGUGAGAUUUUCUUCUGGAUGCAAUGCUUGUCGGGUUUCCUCGCGCACUCCAUCACCGCCACUGGAUGUAGCUUGGCCGCCGUGUUCGCGAUGCACGCCUACGGCCGUAUGGAAAUCCUAAUACGGUGGAUCGAGCAUUUGCUAAACGAACGGAAAGAUUUGUGCGAUACCAUGGAUGAGAGAUUGGCGAUGAUCGUGGAACAGCACGUUCGAGUUUUACGUUUUAUAGCACUAACGAACAAGAUACUGCGCGAAAUAUCUGUCGUGGAAGUUGUGCAGUGUACAGAAUGGGAGAGCAAAAAGACUACAAGUUAUAUAACGUAUAUUGUCCUGCUUCUAUCUUUUACGUUCAAUAUUUUUAUAUUUUGUUACAUCGGCGAACUUGUUGCCGAAAAGUGGAAGAAGAUCGGCGAGGUAUCGUACAUGAUCGAUUGGUAUCGUUUAUCAGAAAGAAAAGCUCUCGAUGUCGUGUUGAUGAUUGCUAUGUCCAAUGCAUCGAUCAAAUUUACCGCUGGAAAUCUCUUCGAAUUGUCCUUCAGUACCUUCAGCGACGUGAGUAACGCAAUGUCAAAUGUUUAUCGUAUCUAUUUGCGAGCAGCAAAUGACUUACGUGUUGCUCAUCCAACUUGUAGGUGAUUAAGACAUCAGUCGCCUAUUUUAACAUGCUGCGUACAUUAAAUAUAUAAAACUUGUUCAAAGGGUAAAAAUUAUUAA